CGACGCCGCCGGCAGCAGCCACGACAUUUACGCACCGGCCUCCGAACCGUGCACCCGUGACACGCGCGCGCUCCGAUCGAAAGUUUUCCACGUCGCUCGCCAUCAACGCAUCAAAUUGUGUAGUGCGUGAUCGUUGAUCUCCGUAUACCUGCGAUCACUGGUGGUUCACGUAGUACGCCUACUCUCGUACGUACACCGCGAAUACGAUUUAUAUUAUAUUAAAACCGUAAACGUAUGCCGAUCGUCUUCGCAACAAUUGAGGAGGAAAAAGAAUUUUAUGAAAUAAAAGAAAAAAUGACGCUUAGCUGGAAGAUUGGACGCAGUAUUUUUUCAACAAUAUACAAUGCCACGUAACCAUGAAGCCUUUACCGUUUAUGAUUCAUGUACUGCUGAUACUGAUAUUCAUAACCGUAAAUAAUUAUGGCAAUUGUAGACCACAAACAGGACAGCCAAGUCAACCACAAGCUGGAUCGCCUCUGGACUCAAAUAUUGGCAAUAACAAUAACAAUAUCAACAAUAAUAACAGCGCAAUACCUCGACGGGGUUGGCGGGGGGAAUGGCGGCGAACGGAUCCAGGCACGGUGUACAGUUCCAUUUGGAAAAGCAGUGAUCAGCCUCUUGGCAAAGCCGAGCUGUACAUAAUACUAGCUUUGUUGAUCGGUAUGGCCACCGUUAUAGUCGGCUGUUGGCUGUCGGACAAUUGCUGGUCACCCGAACCGGAACAACAUUACACUAUAGCGUGGCACGAUCGGCACCGAUGGAUAUAAAAUCGUCUGUGAUUGUUCUACUGGAUGGCGCACAAUAAAUAUACAAAAAUUAAAAUAUGUUUUGAUUUAAACUUGACCUCGCAUUUUUGUAUAAUACUACAUAUUCUGUAAAAUCAUUGACCGAAGAAACUAUUAAAUCGUAAAUCAACUUAAAAUUAACAACAACAAUAAUAUUAAUAAUUAUUAUUAUCGGUCGGAAGUGAUGGGUAAUUAAUUAAUAAUAUGGAAAUUUGUGUUAUGGGAUCGUAACGGUUUCUAACGGAGAUUUAUCGAUAUUUACGACAAAAAAAAAGAUACUGACUUUUGUUUCGUUAUAAAAAUGUCGUAAUAAAUUGUAUUUUUAGUCCAGCUGACUGCUGCUACGCUUGUUUGUCAUAUUUAUAAGCAUCCAAUUAAAAUAACACAGUUUUCCAUUUUUUUUUUUUUUAUUUUUAAAUUCAUUUUAUUAAAAACAUUACUAUACAACCAUUACUUAUAAUAAUCUAUAUCAUUUAUGAAACGUUAACUAACAUUGGUCUUAAACUCCAUAGACAUAUUCUAAAUAAAAUGUUGAAAUUAAUGUUUGAUAACAUUUAAUUAUUCCUCCAUUUACGAUCGUCCAAUGAUAUGAAUUAAAUUACUAUACUUAUACAUAUAAAGUUUAGAAUCGUUUCGUUUUAAUAGUAUCAUGUUAGUGAUGUAGCCGAUAUUAUAAAUCUUAACUUUUUUUUUAACUUGUACAUAAAAAGUAUUUUAUUAUCCAAUAAUGAAAUAGUAUUUUUAAAUUUAUAUACAAAACGUGACCCGUUCAAAUACAACCUUUCGUUACGUUGUAAACUUAUAUCAAAAUAAUAUGUAACCUUAUAAAAUCAUGCAUUUAACCGUUUGGGCAUGCAUUUUUCCUUCUAGUUGUCAAUUAUUUACAUGAUAUACACAUUUAUAUAUAUACAUAUACAUAUUAUAUAACAUAUAUAACUUAUGAUCGUGUAUACAUUUUUG